AUGAAUUCACCUUACUCAGCUGUGCAGUAUUCUCCAGAGUUUCCCUUGUACCGACUCAGGGACCCGUCCUCCCGUUUGUCCUGGAGAGAGAGCUCCUUCCUCACCACCAUGUCCCAGAACCAGUCAGCACAGACAACUGAAUUCUUCAGCCAAGAUGUAUUCAACCAGCUGUUUGAUAUGCUGGACCAAUCUGCCAUUCAUUCAGUCCAGCCCAUAGAGCUGAACUUCACAGACAGUCCAACAGAUGGGUCUACAGGAAACACCAUCCAGAUCAGUAUGGACUGCAUCACCAUGCACAAGCCUGACGAGACACUUUCAUCGCAGUACACAAACCUGGGGCUCCUGAACAGCAUGGAUCAGAGCAUUCAGAACGGUGGUUCAACAUCCACCAGCCCCUACAACAACGACCAUGCACAGAACAACGUGACAGCCCCAUCACCCUACGCCCAGCCCAGCUCCACCUUCGACGCCAUGUCUCCCUCACCGGCAAUCCCAUCCAACACAGAUUACGCUGGCACUCACACUUUUGAUGUGUCCUUCCAGCAGUCUAGUACAGCAAAGUCUGCCACCUGGACGUACUCAACAGAACUGAAGAAGUUAUACUGCCAGAUUGCCAAGACAUGUCCCAUUCAGAUCAAAGUCCUGACCAACCCCCCCCAGGGUGCCGUGAUCAGAGCCAUGCCUGUUUACAAGAAAGCCGAACAUGUGACCGAAGUGGUGAAGCGCUGCCCGAACCACGAGCUCAGCCGCGAGUUCAACGAUGGUCAGAUCGCUCCUCCCAGCCAUCUGAUUCGUGUGGAGGGAAACAGCCAUGCCCAGUACUUGGAGGACACCAUCACUGGAAGACAGAGUGUAUUUGUUCCUUAUGAACCUCCCCAGGUUGGAACAGAAUUCACCACGAUCUUGUACAACUUCAUGUGCAACUCGAGCUGCGUGGGUGGAAUGAACAGACGCCCAAUUCUCAUCAUUGUCACUCUGGAAACCAGAGACGGUCAGGUAUUAGGCCGCCGGUGCUUUGAGGCCAGGAUCUGCGCCUGCCCGGGCAGAGACCGCAAGGCAGACGAGGACAGCAUCCGCAAGCAGCACGUAACAGACGCCACAAAGAGCAAUGACGGUACGAAACGCCCUUUCCGCCAGGUUUCCCACGGCAUACAGAUGUCUACUAUCAAGAAAAGAAGAUCCACAGACGAGGAGGUGUUCUGUUUGCCUAUUAAAGGCCGUGAAAUUUACGAGAUUUUGGUCAAAAUCAAAGAGUCUCUGGAGCUCAUGCAGUUUCUUCCACAACACACCAUAGAAUCAUACCGGCAGCAGCAGCAAAACCUACUCCAGAAACAGAACUCCAUGCAGUCUCAGUCCUCCUACGGCUCCGGCUCCCCGACUCACGGAAAAGUCAACAAGCUGCCCUCUGUCAGCCAGCUCAUCAACCCGCAGCAGCGUAACACACUCACCCCAUCCAGCAUGUCUGGAGGCCUGACUGACAUGACUCCCAUGAUGGGCAAUCACAUCCCCAUGAACGCUGACAUGAGUUCACUGAGCCCCACACAUGCACUGCAGCAACAGCUCCCCCUGGUGCCUUCCUCCCACUGUACCCCCCCUCCUCCAUACCCCAUGGACAGCAGCAUCUCCAGCUUCCUUAUACGGCUGGGCUGCGCAGGCUGCCUGGACUACUUCACAGCACAAGGCCUAACCAACAUCUACCAGAUUGAGAACUAUAACAUGGAGGACCUGUCCAGGAUGAAGAUCCCUGUGGAGUUCCAGCACAUCAUCUGGAAGGGCAUCUUGGAGCACCGACAGGCCAUGGAUUUUUCCCCACCUCCCCACAUAGUGCGCACCACCAGCGGGGCCUCCUCCGUCAGCAUGGGCUCCUCCGAGGCCCGGGGCGAGCGCGUCAUUGACGCCGUGCGCUUCACCCUGCGCCAGACCAUCUCCUUCCCCCCGCGCGACGAGUGGUCUGACUUUUCCUUCGACCUGGAUUCUCGCCGCAACAAACAGCAGCGCAUCAAGGAGGAGGGCGAGUGA